AUGUCCAAGUCAAGGAGGAACCAUCUAAAUCAACCCUUAGACACACACACAAUGUUUGCCGUUAUCAGAUCAUCCGUAAGUCUAGCCUUCACCACUCAAUUCGACCUGAUUUCUGAUUUGUAUGUCAAGGAGCUGAAGGGAUUCAAGCCAACCCCUCUUUCUGCUGCUGAUGCCGAAGGUGCUACCAAACCAUGGGCUAAGCCAGCCUCCCCAAAAGUUCCAUCUCUGGAAGGAGAGACUGCUGAAGCUUUGCAACAGUAUGAAACCUCAGACGUUGAGACCGUCCAGGCUGCUUCAUCUGAAUCUGCUUCCGAAGUUACUGAAGACUGGUUUGUCUUCCCAGAGGAGGAAACUGCUCACCAUUGA